UACAAAACUUGUAAAUACAAUAUAUACUUGAAUUAAAAAACAAAAUGGCUAGCUCCGGAGCAAUUCAAAGGCAGAUUGGAACCACCGCCCCAAAAUCAGCCUUCCUGGAAGACAUCGACUCGUCGAAAGGUUCAACCGGAGCUAACUCGAACGAAUUCAAGCGUGCGGAGUUCCGACUAGUCUGCCCCUUCAAUAUCCCUCCAAACCCAGAUGCAGCUGCCCUACGAAUUAUAAGAAACUUACACCAUUUUGCAUUAUAUUACACACAUUUUGUUUGGAUCGUACUUUUCAUAACCCUAAUUCCAGCACGUAAGGUGUCCUUAAUUUUACUGGUAAUUAUGACUUAUGUAGGAUCAUUGUACCUAUUGCUAUUAAGUGGUGUCCCAAAUUCUAACAUUAUCCAUAAAAUUUUGGAUAAACGUAUAGUUUUGCCUUUGAUAGUUAUUGCUACUAUGGUUCAGCUUGUUCUUACACAUGCUGCUAUUCAUCUUCUUCUUACUUUAGCAGCCACACUACCUGUCGUUUUGGUUCAUGCCGUUUUGUGGGUUAGAGAGGAUUUCUCUGUUGAGGAUAAUUCUGGGGAGUUGGUUCCUUUUGUUCAUCAUGAGUCAAUAGACAUUGUUUGAUUUUCGUUUUUCAAAUUUUUGUAUCCGAGUGGUGUUUUAUAGAGAAUAAUUAUUAUUAUUAAUGUUAAUUUAUAUAUUCUAAUAAAGAGAAGUGAUUGACAUACA